GGCGGCGGCGGCGGCGGCAGAGCGCGCAGGGCCGGCCGGCGGCGGCGAGGCCCGGGACGCUGGCCUACGGAGCUCUGGGGGCGGCGGCUACCGGACUCUAGCAGUUUUUUUGGAAACCCCCUCCCUCCCCCUGGGUAAGUGUCAAGGAAGAGUGACAUUCCAACUCAAGAUUUUUUUUUACAUCUUCAACCGAGAAAUAAAACUCAAGGGGAGAAAGGAAAGGGAGAAAAAAAAAAUCAGCUGUCCUUGAGAACAGCCGAGUGGAAUCAUCUAAAGUGAGUGAGGAGAGGAAGGUGAUAUUGACUGUAUGUGGAUUGUGGGGUCAGUAAGUCACAUGAGAUUCUUGAUGUUGGGACUGGCUUAGGAUUAAUUGUACUUUUAGAGGAGAGGUGAUGAGAAAAUGAAAGUGAAUGUGGUCUGGAACCUGGAUUUGACUUUACUCAGAAGGCUUUCUGUCCUGGGCGUUGGUGAGCUCUGACCCUGUGUUCCUGUCAGGGUUAGCUACAAGGUUGGCACUAAGGAGUAGGACUUACUGCCUGAAGCAGUGAAGCAGUGGCCUUGAUUUGUAUUCUGGAAGAUUUAAAAACUGAAAAGAAUAAACAUUCUGGUCCUUCAGCAAUGCUUUCUCUGAAGAAAUAUUUAACAGAAGGACUCCUCCAGUUCACCAUUCUACUAAGCUUGAUUGGGGUGCGGUUGGACGUGGAUACUUACCUGAACUCGCAACUCUCUCCACUCCGGGAAAUCAUCCUGGGGCCUAGUUCUGCCUACACACAGACCCAGUUCCACAAUCUGAGGAAUACCUUAGACGGCUAUGGGAUCCACCCCAAGAGCGUAGAUCUGGACUAUUACUUCACAACCCGGCGGCUUCUUAAUCAAGUGAGGGCCCUGGACAGGUUUCAGGUGCCUACCACAGAGGUGAAUGCCUGGCUGGUCCAUCGAGAUCCUGAGGGCUCAGUGUCUGGCAGUCAGCCCAGCUCAGGCCUUGCUCUGGAUAGUGCUAGUGGCCUGCAGGAUGUGACAGGUUCAGAAAGUGGGGUACGGGAAAGUGAAGCUGAACAGGGAUUCGGGGAAGAGUUGGAAGAUCUUGGAGCUGUGGCUCCUCCAGUCAGUGGAGAGUUAACCAAAGAGGACAUUGAUCUGAUUGACAUCCUUUGGCGACAGGACAUUGAUCUGGGUGCGGGGAGAGAGAUAUUUGACUAUAGCCAUCGCCAGAAAGAAAGUGAAGUGGACAAGGAGCUGAAAGAUGGGGGGGAAUGUGGGGACAGCUGGCCAGAUGAGGGAACUGAGGCCCUGGCUCGAAACCUGCUAGUGGAUGGAGAGACCGGGGAAAGCUUCCCUGCACAGGUGCCUGGUGGGGAGGACCAGACAGCCCUGUCUUUGGAGGAGUGCCUUAGGCUGCUGGAAGCUACCUUCCCCAAAGGGGAGGAGUCUGAGUUUCCAGCUUCAGAUGUUUCCAGUAUAACAGAAGCUGUGCCUACUGAGAGUGAGUCUUCAGUUAUUCAGAACAGUCUCCUGUCCCCACUUCUGACAGAGACAGAAUCUCCUUUUGAUCUGGAACAGCAGUGGCAAGACCUCAUGUCAAUCAUGGAAAUGCAGGCUAUGGAAGUGAACACAGCAACAAAUGAAAUCCUCUACAGUACCACAUCUGGAGACUCCCUGAGCACCAAUUACAGCCUCGCUCCCAGCACUCCCAUCAACCAGAAUGUCAGCCUGCAUCAGGCGUCCCUGGGGAGCUGCGCCCAGGAUUUCUCACUCUUUAGCCCAGAGAUCGAGAGCCUUCCUGUGGCUAGUGGAUCCACCCUGCUCCAGUUGGCCCCCAAUAACUCCACCAGCCUCAAUUCCACUUUCGGUUCCACUAAUCUGACAGGGAUCUUUUUUCCUCCUCAGCUCAACAGCACAGCCAAUGAGACUGCCGGUCCUGAGCUGCCUGAUCCUUUGGGCGGCCUGUUGGAUGAAGCCAUGUUGGAUGAGAUCAGCUUGAUGGACUUGGCCAUUGAGGAAGGUUUUAACCCGGUGCAGGCCUCGCAGCUCGAGGAGGAGUUUGACUCUGACUCGGGACUUUCCCUGGACUCGAGCCAUAGCCCUGCCUCUCUGAGCAGCUCAGAAGGCAGCUCUUCUGCCUCCUCCUCUGCCUCCUCCUCUGCCUCUUCCUCCUUUUCAGAGGAAGGUGCUGUGGGCUACAGCUCUGAUUCUGAGAAUCUGGAUUUAGAAGAGACUGAGGGGGCUGUGGGUUACCAACCUGAAUAUACCAAGUUCUGUCGCAUGAGUUAUCAGGACCCCUCCCAGCUCUCCUACUUACCCUUCCUGGAGCAUGUGGGGCACAAUCAUACCUACAACAUGGCCCCUGGUGCCCUGGAUACCUCAGACCCACAACUCCCCGGGUCCCUUAAGAAGGGCAGUAGAGAGAAGCAGGCUGACUUCUUGGACAAGCAGAUGAGCCGGGAUGAACACCGGGCCCGAGCCAUGAAGAUCCCCUUCACGAAUGACAAGAUUAUUAACCUGCCAGUGGAGGAGUUCAAUGAGCUGCUAUCCAAGUACCAGCUGAGCGAGGCCCAGUUGAGUCUUAUCCGAGAUAUCAGGCGCCGAGGCAAAAACAAGAUGGCAGCUCAGAAUUGUCGUAAACGGAAACUAGAUACCAUCCUUAACCUCGAGCGGGAUGUGGAGGACCUGCAGCGGGACAAGUCCAAGCUGCUCAGGGAAAAGGUGGAGUUCCUCAAGUCCCUGCGCCAGAUGAAGCAGAAAGUGCAGAGUCUCUACCAGGAGGUCUUUGGGCGGCUGCGGGACGAGAAUGGGCAGCCCUACUCCCCCACGCAAUAUGCCCUGCAGUAUGCUGGGGAUGGCAGUGUCAUCUUAAUACCCCGCACACUGGCUGACCAGCAGGCCAGGCGCCAGGAAAGGAAGCAGAAAGAUAGGAGGAAGUGAGCCUGCCUGGAGAGGAGGGGGACAAAGCUCACUCUGAUAGAAACUGGAGAAAGGCUGUGCCUGGAAGUGCUGGAGGAACUUUGAUGCCUCUUAUCCAAUAUAUCUUCUCAGACAUGACAACUGCCGGUCAGUGUACAGGAAGAUGGGCGGGCCCUCCACUGUUUGGCUCUGCUCGCCCUGGCCCUUUCCCCUCCUUCACCUCCACAGUGGGGGCUGAGGGCAUUUUGGGGCUCCUGGGGCGGGGGGGAGAGAAGCCCACCCACACCCAUUGUUUUUGGAGGGCAGGGAUGGAGAUAGCAUUGCUGGGGGUGGGAAGAAGCUGAAAGGUGAGUGCCAUUGUGGGUGAUAAAGGAAGAACCUUGUGAAAGAAGGAGUGAAGGAAAGAGUCUGAUUUUUGGAUAAAGGUAAAACACCCCAAAAAAUCAAAGCGGGAAGAAAACCAUGGGGGAAAACCUAAGCUGGAAUUCCAGACUAUGGGUUUUUGUGACUGAGUCUUGGUCUUCUAUGUGAGUAAACCCUACCUAUUUCACUCUGGGGAAGAGGGGGUGACUGUCACUUUACAAAGUGGGUUGGGGGAGGGGUCCCCUAUUAACUCUUUAAAAUUCCAUGUACAUCAGCAUUCUUGGAGGGAACUCCUAGAGCCUCCCUCCACCCCGAUUUUUUUUUUUUAGUCACUUAGGCGCUAUUGAGACCCUAUGCCAAAUACCUUAGGAGGGUUUUGGGGUCAAAGGGAAGAGUUAGCAGGGCAAAGGGUGGAAAGAGCCAUUAGGCCACAUAUUUCCCCCACCCACCAAGCAUGUGGCACUCACUGCCCCCACCCUCAACUCCUCCCUAGCCAGCUCCAAAACUGCACCAUUCCCACUGCAGCCUGCAUGUGAAUGCUGUACUCUUUCCAUCCCCACUCCCCACUGGUUGAAGCACUUUGUUGUUUUAAGAGUUUCUUGGGGGGGGACCUCCCGGGUCUGGGAGUUGUUUCCUCCUCCUUUUAGAAAGAGGAGAGGCCCCCAACCGCCACCUUAGGGAGAAGUAGGAGGAGAAGCUUCUGUGGCAAUCUCCAACCAGUAUUCAGCACAAUGUUGGGGAGUAGCCCAUUCUUUCAUCCCUCCCUCUCUCCCUCCCAACAACUGGGCUUGUCACUGAAAAACUAGGCCUCUGUUAGGAUUUCUCAGAAUUUCUUUCUUGCGCUUUGAUUUUUUAGGGCUUGAGCCCUGUUUUUACUUCUAGGGUUUAGAGUGUUUGUGUUGAGUAAAAGGGAGAUGCCCCAAUAUUCAAAGCUGCUAGAUGUUCUCUUUGCCAUAAAGACUCCGUGUGACUGUGUGAACACUUGGGAUUUUUCUCCUCUGGCCUGAGGUCAGUCUGUCUUUUUUGGAUUUCUUUCUGGAGAAAUGUAUAGUGAGUUUGGUGGGGGCCUAGAGCACCAUCCCACUUUAGGGCACGGAUGGUUUUUUCUAGAUGCCUCAGCUCAACAAGGGCAACAUGGGACCUGGUAAAAGGCAGGAAGGGGAAACAUCCACAUGCGGCUGAGACUUGAGGGUCCCAGUAGUACCUGAGGCACCCAUUUUUGUUUUUGUCUUGAAUUUAGUUUGCAGCUAAGAUCACCUCACGGCUGGGUUCCUAUAAGAAGUUUCAGUUUCUGAACCAGUAGAAGAGAUCUGGGGGAUGGAGGUGGGAGCACUGAUUUCCCCCCCUCCAUCUGGAGGUCUCGAUAAGUAGCAGGAACAGAAAGGAAUAAGCUUGGAAAAUACUUAAAUUAUUUUCUUCUUAGGUUUUAUUUUUAAUUUAUCUCUGUGACCUGCCAGGGAGAGAGGAGAGAGAGAGAGAUGCUGUGAGCACAUGACAAAAUAAAAUAAACUAUAAUAAAAUGGCUGAUUCACUCACUCAAGUGCAAUUUUUUUCCCCUUUGAGUUUAAUUUUUGGGGAGCAAGGGUCCCAGCUACAGUGAAACUGCAGUAAAGGGCCCUUAGCUAGUCAGCCAUUUGUGUGGCUGCAGCCAAACCUGAACUGAUAACUAGAGAAAGCAGAAUGGGGAGGAGAGUGUUUUUUUGUUUGUUUGUUUGUUGAUUUUUUUUUUUUAAAGAAAAAUCUUAACUAUAUUUUUUUAACCUUUCAUGUAUUGUGCAGGUGAGCUAUGUUUGGGGAGGAGGGUCUCUUUUCCAGCCUGUGUCAGCUGGUCCCUGUUAUGAUGAAGAGGAAAGGAUUAAAAAUUCACUUUUGGCCACCUCUACACAGUGCUGGCCUGAUUGAAGUGUUAUUCUUAGGGAGCCCAGGCUAGGCCCUGAUACCUGGCCCUUGCUUCCUGUCUCUUCACCUGCUAUGACUUGUAUUUUUAUGCCUGACCUUGUGCUGUGUGUAAUUUGCUCCAGUGGCCUCUGCCUGCAGGAUAAUUACAGUGCAUUCUUGCCCUAUGGUAAUAAAAACCCGAGAGCCACCUUGUGCUGUAAAGCCCAACAUUGCAGCAUGGCUGAAACGAGGGCUUAUGAUGCUGGGGGAGGGGACUGUCUGAAAUAAAUGCCACCAAGCUGGAAAAAAAGGUUUGUUGACUUUUUAAAGAGAUGCCUAAUGUUGAGGCCUAAAAUGUAAAGAAGGGGUGAUCUCACACUAUCUUGUGGCUAUUUGGGAUAGUAUGAAUUAGAAGGAAAUGGACAAGUUUGAGCCUGUGGAAUGGAAGACAAUUGUUUUUAAGUAAACUUGCUAGCAUUUGAGAUGGAUGGUUUCCAGAGUGUUCAAAUAUUUGAAUUAAUUACAUUUAUCCUUGUCUUUUGGCUUGGGGGGGUGGAAGAUAGGCUGUGACUAUGUACUUACUUAGGCUGAUGUGCUUAGACAAUCUGGAUCCUGCACUUGAACCCAAGACUCAGACUCCAACUGUAGUGAUCUUUUCAUGCACAACUGCCUCCUUUGUGUUAUUGCACUGUUAUUUCCAAAUACCUCAAAGCAAUAUCAGAGAAAUGAGUAUUUUUUUAAAUGACCUUAAACUUAGAUUAGGCCAUUUGGUACGUUCAAAUCACAAAAAUAACAGUUUGAGUCCCUCCCUUCUAAUACACACAUACGCUCAUUUUUUUGUCACUGCUCUAUGUAACAGGUAUUUAAGAUUCUCUCUGCCAGUCAGCUAUGCUGGCACACCCUUUGAUAGAUGGGUAAUGGCCAUUCCUCACCCCCAGCUCUUCCUGAGAAAUGUACAUUUUUAAUAUCAUUCCAUUUAUCUGAGGUGGAAGACGGUUAACCCUACCAAAAAGUCUGACUUUUUUGCUGAUGUCACAGACUUCGAGUGUUACAGAUUCGGAAUUGGCAUUUAUAGACUUUAAUUGCUAUCAUAUAUUCUGGCAAACUAGGGCCUGGCACAUCUGGAAAAUAAAGAAUUCUCAGAUAAUGAUUGGUCAUGGCUAGCUUGUCAAUCACCAAAGUCUAAAACUAGACCUCUCUUUCACAUGUAAGUUUAAAAAAUUAGUGACCUGGAAUUUUACUCGACAAUUAAAUGUGAAGAUGAUAUCUCAGUGAAGCAGCUUUGGUGGUUAUUACGAAAGAAGUAUCAGGUAAGAAAGAGCAAUUUGGAAAGAGAUUGGAUCUAUUCUGUGUUGGCUGUCUUCCUUCUUUAGAUUAAAGCUGAACUGUCAUUACUGGGGCAUUUACAACAACUAAGUCAGUGGAAGGCUGCUUCAACCAGAGCUCAGCUCUACCCUGGUUGGCCCCUAGAUCUUUUGACCCAAUGACCAACUACUACAGACAUUUUUGCAUUUUGGCUUCAUUUGGCAGCCAAUUAGAGCAAGUGUUCUCCACAAAGGAACACAAAUCUUCUCUUACCUCAUAGCUUGCUAUGAGGAACAUGGAGAUGGGACUAUCUGGGUUCUUUGCAUUAUGUUAUACAUGGUCAGUAGUUACUUCUCAAGCUAGACUUUAAACCUAAAGUUUAUAAAAAGCCUUCUCUUUCUAAGAGAAAAACCCUGUCUUUAACCAAUGCUAGAAGUCUUCUAGCAAUUUUAAACUAGGCCAGCAUUGUCUCCUUGACAGAUAAUUUUUUUUUCUAUUCCCAGAUACUUAUCACUUGGAAUAUUCCAUUGUUUGAUAAUUUUGCCUUUAGCUCUUCAAUCACAUCACUUAUACUUCAUCACUUCUCUUUAGCCCCUUAGGUCAAAACUGAACAAGGAGUGUGGAAAUAAGGGUAGAGUGGGACACAAAUUCAAAGAAUAAUGUCAAAGCAUAAUUGGGAAAUAAAUGUUACUUUAUAUGUUAUCGGGGAGGAAUAAAGUCCAACCAGAUAGUUCAGUGCUCUUGCUAAGUGGAGUUAACAUAAUCAGGGUAAGCGAGUGUACAGAGUUACAACCAGCACUAAAAUGUAAUUAGUUCCAGGCCAUCUUAAAUUGAAAAAGGCUACAAAUUCACUUUCUUUCCAGAUGCUAUUUUCACCUCUUUAGGAAAGCAAAAGCUUACGAUGAUUAAGGAUAAAUAUUUGAGAAGCUGAAUUGUGCUUUUGGAUUUUAAACAAUUAAAUGAACACUAGUAACUUGAACUUUUCAAUCCCCAAUUCAAGACGGAGUAGAGAGACUUACAAAAUCAGCCAUCCUUUCGGAACUAGGACCUAGAGUUGUCCAAGCUAAAUAGACGCUAUGCCAAGAACAAACAAGUUGGGUUAAAGUCAAUUAGUAUUUUAGAGUAAAUAAUAGCUUUGGUUCAGGCUCUCAAACACAUACCAUUAAAUUAACCAGGUCACAAGAUAAACCUUGUUCUGCUGUUGGGAGUUUAACACAAGCUAUUUAACAUAAAUUUUAAAAUAAUAUAUUUCUAUAAGAUAAAAAGCAAGAUCUUUAUAAAAGCUUAAUUGUUCUUCACAUGUUCUAAACUUAGAACCUCAAGCACUACCACUUUCUGACCUUGCUCUUGGAAUUGAGUCAUCCUUCUUUGCUUAAGGUGCUUGGGCCUUGCUUUCUGUGUGUUUCAGCAAGGGGGGGUUGUUUCAGAUUUCAUUUCCUUUUAGCACAUCUGCAGUCCAUUCAGCAUGAAGCCAGCAAAGCAGCAUCUCUAAGAUGAAGACAUGACCUGUAGGUUGAAAUCUUAAAAAAUCAGAUUUCCCACAAAGAAAAUUUAAAUGUUAGACACCAUGUCUGAACUGGCUCCGAUCUUGUCUAAUCUACCAACUAACUAAUGAUGGAUGUUGACAGGCCAAGUAAGAUUCCUUUUCACUCUCUACAUACACUUUCCCUGGAUCACAAUGGGGAACCACUAGCGAAUGAUAAUGGACUUUUGCUGUUAAAUGCAUUGGUGAAGUUGGUUCAUUUACUAAGGAUCUGAUCCAAUAAUGUCCUUAUUUUAGUCCAGAUGGGCUAGAGCAGUAGAAGAGGGCAGGAUGGCUUUUCUAUUCCUAGCACAAGUUCUAGCAACUGAAUGUUAAUGGUUACAACUCCCAGGCUUUAACACCCUUAAAAUUCUUUCUGAAGGCUCUUAGUAACUUUUCCCCAAAGGCGUAGAACUUCCAAGAAAGGGAUUUCUGGUCUAGAAUUCUGAAUUCUAUCUUCUCAUCUUAAUAAGCAGCAAGUUGCCCCAACUGCAAAGGGGAAUGGAACUGCUUGGCAAAAUCCUGAGAUGAUACCUGAAGCUCUUAUUUUCCCUACUAUUGCUCAUAAAUACUUCUGCCAGUACCAUGUAUUUCUCUAAAUCAGACACACUAACAAAGACAAACCCAGACUUCUGCACAGGAAGGCUUAUCUUUGAUAUAGCACAAAUCACCACUGUUACAUCCAUUAAUAUCCCAGGAGUCAAUUGGAGCUGAACCAAAAAAAAAAUCUGUCUCAUGAUAUAAUUGAGAAAAUAAUAGUAGUGAUUACAUUUAGUGCUCUGAAUACUUCAGGUAUGAAGGAACAAUUCUAGUCAUAUGCUAUUCCAAACUUUUAGAAUAAAGGCCUCCAAAUAAUAGAUUUCCUUUAAAAUAGUCCUGUAAAUUAAUACUGCCUCAAUUACUUACAGGCAAGAAUGCUGAUUGAUUUCAAUGGAAUUUUACAGUUCAUCUUUCCAGUGAUGAUGAACUAAAGUGAGAGACGUUAAAAAUGGGGCCAAGUCUCAACAGUUUUAAGAUUUGUGAAUUAAUAACUCAGGAUAUGAUAUUUGUGAAAAUGAGUUGGGGUCUGUCAAGGAUUGUCAGAAUCAAGACAGACAGACAAACUAGUGCCCAUUAAAUUCUUGGCAUUUUCAGUAGUGCUCAGAUGCAGGGAAGGUACUGAUGGGCCUUUAGGAUUUCUACAUUUUAAGAUCCCUGGUACACCUAAAAACAUCCUGAAAGGUUUCCUAAGCUAUAUUCGAAACUUCUUUAUAGUUAGCAAGGAAUAUAUGAACUGUGCUGGUACUAAUAAUAUUUAUCUAGGUUUAAAAAGUACUUCUAGUCCCAGAAACACAACUGAAGUAGAUGAUUUAGGAAUCAUCUGUUAUCUAACUCACCCCAAAUCCUCCAGGGCUCAUCUAGCUGUCAGGUGGACCAGUCCUAGAUCCUUUGUUAUCAGGCUACCAACAAGUUGAAAGUUCCCAGACCAAAGUUCUUGGCAACAGGAGGUUUAGAGUCAAGACAGAAAACCAGGGAUUAUAAAUCUAAAUUUUUAUUAAGACAAAAACUGACAGAGCUUGGUAUGAAGUUCAAAUCCAACAAGUUUACAUCUUAAAAUUUUCACAGAAACUUAAAAACAUGCUUUAAAAAAAAGACUUUUUCUUUUUACAAUGACAUUCUAGGAUAUAGCCCACCCUAGGUGACAUGAGGAAAUGGUGGGUCUCAUGAUUCAAGACAAGAAUUAUUUCAGGGACUGGGUAAUUCCCAGGAUUUUUAAAAUUCCAUUUUAACCACGUUUUUUAAAAAAAGAACCAAUGCCCAGGGUAAAAGUUCAUUCUUUUCCUGAGGCUUUCUAAAUCAUUCAACCCUUGUGUUGAUCUGAUUAAACUUGUGCUGUCAGUGUUAGAACACCACCACAAAUGGUUUCGGAGUUCAAAAAAAAAAAAAAAAAAAAAAAAAAAAAAAAAAAAAAAAAAACCAAACAAACACAAAAAACCAGAGGCUCCAAGAGUUAUCUACCCCUAAGACUAUGGGCCCUGUCAUCCUCUACCCCCACAUAUCAUUGGCUGGAUAGGCAAGCUGAGAUUUAAAACAACUCAGUUGGAAGAGACUGGGAGGUUGUAGGAUUUUCAGUUCAAUUUCAAGAAUUAGCACCUUUAACAACAGACUGGCCUAUCUGUGCUUCUCUUCUCUCCCUUCAAGUCCCCCUCCCGACCCCAGCCUCUAAUGUCUAGAAUUCCAUCUCCAAAUCAGUUUGGAGUAGUUUUUGGGAGAUAGCACUAAUUUCAGACAGAGCAUACCUUGGCUUAUAGGUUUUAGACAUUCACAGCUUUGUACAGUCUCUCACAGUCCUCAUUUAUGUUGC